AGCAAGAGACAGGAUUAAAAGGAAAGCAAUUUUACGGUCACCCCAGAACUCUUGGGUUAAAAUCUGAAAAUGACCAAAAACACUAAUAUUCGAAUCAGUCUUCCGGCCGUUUGCUUAGUCUGGCAGAUUGCUAUGAUCAUCUUGUUUGGUGUGUUCGUCCGUUAUAAUGAGGAGUCUGAUGCCCGCUGGAUUGAACAUUUGAAAGAGAAAAACAUUUCUAGUAAUAUAGAGAAUGACUUUUACUAUAGAUACCCAAGCUUUCAGGAUGUGCAUGUUAUGAUCUUUGUCGGUUUUGGAUUUCUCAUGACUUUUCUGAAGCGCUAUAGUUUUGGUGCGGUCGGCUUCAACUUUCUCAUCGCGGCCUUCGGGAUUCAGUGGGCUCUGUUGAUGCAGGGCUGGUUUCAUGCUUUUGACAACGAAGACUGGAAGAUAAAAAUUGGGAUUGAGAACCUCAUCAAUGCAGACUUUUGUGUAGCUGGCUGUCUUAUUGCGUAUGGUGCUUUACUGGGAAAGGUCAGUCCAGUGCAGUUAAUGGUUCUUACACUAUUUGGAGUCACUCUGUUUGCAGUCGAGGAGUAUAUCAUACUUGAACUCCUGCAUGUGAAAGAUGCUGGUGGUUCCAUGGUUAUCCAUACUUUUGGAGCAUAUUAUGGUUUGACCAUAUCUAGGGUUCUCUAUCGACCAAAUCUAUUCCAAAGCAAGCGGUUACAAGGGUCGGUUUACCACUCUGACGUAUAUGCAAUGAUUGGCACUCUCUUCCUUUGGAUGUUUUGGCCCAGUUUCAAUUCCGCCAUUGCAGAUCAUGGAGAUGGUCAACACAGGGCAGCCAUAAACACUUACAUUGCAUUGGCUUCAUCAGUUCUUACUACUUUUGCUCUUUCAAGUUUUUCACAGAAACAUGGAAAAAUGGACAUGGUUCAUAUUCAAAAUGCUACCUUGGCUGCUGGUGUUGCAAUGGGGACUGCUGCAGAGUUUAUGAUCACACCAUAUGGUUCCCUAAUAGUGGGAUUCUGUACAGGCAUCAUUUCCACAUUUGGAUACUUGUUUCUGACUCCUUUCAUGGAAAACACUCUUAAGAUCCAGGACACGUGUGGUAUUCAUAAUCUGCAUGCAAUGCCUGGAGUUUUAGGAGGGGUUAUUGGAGCCAUAACAGCUGCUGCUGCCUCUGAAUCAGUUUAUGGACGUGAGGGAUUGAUUAACACUUUCGAUUUCAAAGAGGCUACUGCUAACAGAUCGCCCAGUGUUCAGGGGGGAUUCCAGGCCGCUGGUAUUUUUGUAGCAAUAGCUUUUGGACUUGUGGGUGGCGCUUUGGUUGGUGGGAUUCUAAAGCUGCCAAUCUGGGGAGACCCAGCAGAUGCCAACUGCUUUGAUGAUGAGGUUUACUGGGAGCUUCCAGAUGAUGAACCUGACAACAUCUCUGUGUCCGUACACCCAAACCCAAACCAUGUGAGAAGUGUGCAACAAGAAUAAUAUGAUCAAAGGAAUCAAUAGAAAAGAGACCUUAACACCGAACAAACAAUCUUCAGCUUUGACGAACCUUGAAGGCUGUAACAACCUGAUUUCAAAGGAAAUAUUCAGUCAUGUGCUGCAGGUUAAGUAACGUCAUUAUUCAAAACCAUCAAUCACAACUGACAGGCCUGUUUUAACAACAUUUUUUUUACAUAGACAAAUCCAAAGUGAAAUAUUUGUGUUUUUUAUUUUCAACAUUCCAAAUUUAUCUCAUAGCUCCUCAAAAUGUGAAGACAUCUAACUUAUCAGUGUUUAAUGUCUGUUAUAUCUUAAAAGUACAAUUACCUUAUACUUUUACCUGUCUUACAUUAAUUGAACUUCUGUAUUUUACUCUAGCUUAGUUUAUUAUUUAUGUUAACAAUUGAUGUCAAUAGUUUAUUUAAAAAUGAAUAAUAAUUACAUCUUAGUGAAAUAAACAUGCAGAUUCAGCCUUAAAACAGUCUCUCAUGCUACUCAAAGUUCUUUGCUUAAAUAAAUAGUCAUGAAGUCAUUGAUGGAGAGACAUUUAAAUAAAUGUGCUUUCAUAUUUUUUGCUUUACAUAGACAACCAUCAUUUAGCUCAUCAUUUAACACGUCACUCUGUCAGAAAAGCCUGAUUUAUGAUUUAUUUUUAAUCGAAAUACUUUAAAGAAGGAACCUACUUCUACAUUUUCUUUGCUUUUGUUCUAAAGUCUGUUUUCAUAAUGUGAAUCAAUGUUUUGUGUUACUGGCAUACACCUGAGAUGCCUAGAAGAUCUAAAACUUAAUUUUGAGUUUAUUAUAUAUCCUGUUGGAAUCUUUUAUUCAUCGUAUUUGUUAAUUUUUUUGCAUUUCUUUAGAGGUCUUGGGUUUUUCAUGUUUUAACUUUGUUAACAGUUUAAUAAUAAAUAUUAAAGAACA